AUGCUUUGGCGAAAAAAACUCUCGCUUCUCCUAGUCAUCUGCGUCAGCAGCCUGCUGCUCUGGCACAUAGGACUGGUGGAGGCAGCAAGGCACCUGCAGGGUCUACCAGGCUCCACAUCAGGCAGCAGCAGCAUCCUGGGGAGCUCUAGCGAGCUGGGUACCUCUUUGGGAGUGGCCAGCGCGGGGUCAGGCAACAGCGGCGGCUCAAGCGGCAGUCUCCUGCAGGCGGUGCAGAGCGGAUCCAUCAACAGCUCGCCGCCCCCUGGAACCUUGGGUCUGGCAGGCCUUUCCUCACCGCCGCCGGCGAAUGCAAUGCCGCAGCUAAACUACAACCCCUCUCAGAGCAGCUUCAACUCCGGCACCGGCCGCCGCAUGCAUGCCCACGCCUGA